CGAUCAGUUCGCUUUGGGCAUUGCUACGCGUUGGACGCGAUCUUCGGAAAACCAAUUUCAAUUUGUAAACGAUAAACGAAACGACUGAUACACAACUACACAACACCAAGGCAUUGGCAAGCAGCGACUAAUUAAAAAAUAGCCACAUAAAAAGUGAAGAAAAAAGGAAAAAAGCAAAGCUAAAAAAUAGUGUUGUUAUACCGAUUCUUUCGGAUUCUGUGCUUGUGUGUUUUGUGAAUAAGAAUUGUUGCUUGACACGAUAAUAUUCAUACUUAAUUCUUUUAAAUUUGUUACAUACUUGUAAGAUUAUUUUUUGUUUCUGUAUUAACUACAUAUAUAUGUACAUACAUUGUGCUUUAACAAAAUUGCCCUAAUCGUCGUGUAAAUUUGUAUAAAAUUAACAAUAACGAAUUUAUUUGUGUGUGCCCUAGUUACCCGUUAAAACAACUGUGAUCUACAAAAGACAUAAAUUAAAAAAGUAAAAAAAAAUUUAUUUGCAAAUUCGUGUGAUUUAAUUUUGAAAUAUUAAUAAAAUGGUCUCAAAAGGUAAUAAGAAAAAGCAGCAGCAGCAGCAGCAGCAAGUAAGUGCCAGCAGCAGCAAAAAUGCUGCAAGCACAAGCAGCAUUACAUCAAAUUCUUCGACAACCGUGGUGCGAACUGCUGGCACGCAAGCAGCAUCGACUAGCGCGUCGGCGGUGGAGGUGGAAACAACUCCGACAAUGUUGCAGGCGACACAAUCGCCUACGUGGACGAAAACUUCACAGAAAAUACAAAAGUCCGAAUCGGCUGCUAGCAGCAAGUCUAUGCUAGCUACCACACACUCUGGCACGCAGUCGCAAUCGCAGUCGCAAUCGCAAUCGCAGUUCCAGUUGUUCAAGAGCAGUAGUAAUAGCAGCAACCAUAUUGAGUCGGGGCUAGAACAACAUCAGGGACUGCAAAAAAUGGAACAACAGCAGCAACAACAGCACUUUGAAAUCGACAGCCACACCGGCGGCAUCAGCGGCAUCAGCGGCGAUACACCACCAGUGGUUUCCAUAAUGAGUGAGACAGUAAAAUCGACGAAAGCAUCAUCCUCAUCAUCCUCAUUUCAACAGAAAUCGGAAUACUAUGAAGAGAUCUCGAAUGAUUUUUCGAAUGCGUCCAAUGCGAAAAUUAUAUCAUCCAUCGAUCUGCUCGAAAGCGAUAAAAAGGAACCGGUUUUUUCAGUGCCGAUCGAUGUCAUUGAAAUAGUUGGUGGCAGCAGCUCCAACAUUGGCAGCAGUUAUGCAAAUACCUACACAUCCUCUUCCCAGUCACAAAGCGGUGCAAUGACUAGCAUGAGCAGCUCCAAUUUCGCACAAAUCGAGUCUACAAGCAGUAGCAGUAAGGUUAUUGAUGGUGGAAUUACGAUCACCGAUAUGUCCACUGAAAAUUCAAAGUCUACCUUGUCUACAUCGAAAACAGCAAAGUCGGGCAAAGUCACAUCUACGAAUGUUGAAAUGACAUCAUCGUCAAACAAGUUUUUAGCGAAUGACGUGAACAACAGUAGCGCUGAAAUAAACAGCUAUACAUCGUAUACGACGAUUGAUGGUCAAGCCAUUAAUGGUGGUACAACACCAGCAAUAGCGCCGAUAAUUACAUCGCCUACAACACCAACAAAUCAAACCUCGACGGCAUUUACAAAAGGUACACAGAGAGCAAUUGAUGACGACAUUGUAUCAACCACAUGCUAUAACUACUCAAUUCAAGGUGAUAAUGAUACAAGACUAAGUAAAACAGAGAAAAACUUGAAGAGUGACGUGAGUAGUAGCAAGCAAUUGGCUUCACGUAAGACAAACAAAUCGUCAAAAUCAUCAUCUAUUAUAGAGCAAAACAUCUCUGAGCAAACAAUCGAGGAAAGCUCAGUGCAGAAAAGCAAGUCCACCUCAAAGAAAGAGGUGUAUGAUGUAAAAACCAAAAGAUGGACAGAACUGAAUGAAAAGACCGGCAAUGGUGUUACAAACAAAAAGCAACCGACCUUUGAGCGUUACGUUAGUCGCGAGUCCGAUGGUACAUACAAAAUUACAUAUAAGAAAAAAAUAUUCGACCAGCGUGCGAACAAGUGGAAAAUCAUAGAAGAGAAGACAGUGGAUAGUACUCAUGACACUCAUUACCCCGAAAUAGUUGAUGAUGUCAUCAAUACAACAACCACAACAUAUACAACCAAAGUGUAUGAUACGAAGACGGGAGAGUGGAAAGUUGUUGAAGAGAAAUCGUUUGUCGAUUCAAAAGCUUUCGUGCCAAACGACAUUGUUCGUGAAAUCGAAAAAGACAACACUGAUGUGGCCAACAUAACAACAACCACCGAAGUCACAAAGAUUUUUGAUGCUAGUUUGAACGAUUGGCGUGUGUUGGAUGAAAAAACUCACACCGAUGUGAUUGAGAGAAUUGUUGAAACGCCCAAAAAGACAAUUUACGUUGAUGAAUAUGUCGAAAUCGAAAAAAAUUUGGAGAUCACAGAAGAUAGUGAAAACAUAACUAAUGAACGUACUAACAUAUCAAAACGAAAGGAUAUUAGCACAAAUAUAUACGAUGAAGUUGACGAGGUUAGGAAAGAAAAUUUGACUUCUAAUGACUCAAGAAUCCGUGGAGUCGAAAAAAAGGAUGCGUUUAAAUCAAGCCACACUGAAAUGUGUAUAUGCGAAAUUUGUACUUGCGGUCGUCAUCAUUGCGCUUCAAGUGCAAAGCAGACGGACACUGUUAUAGAGACUAUAGAUUUGAUAGAUGAAUCUCAAUCGCGGAUACGAUCUAAUACUUGGUCUAAAAAAGACAUAGAAGAAUCUCGCUUAAAGUUAUUAUAUGAUCUUAACGAGAAAGUAACUGUAAUAAAACCUGUGGAUAAUUUAAAACCAGAGGGUGAAUUCGUACUGCCCGAUAAAACUCCUUUCCAACCGGCAGAGAAAACAGAGCGAAUUGUUAGAAAAGACAAUCUGCGUACUGAGGGUGAAAUGACAUUUACCGAAAAGGAAGAAUACCAGUAUGUAGCACGACCUCAGCAAGUUAUACCAACUGAUAAUUUGAAACCGGAAGGCGAGUUCUUUUUACCAGAAAAGUCAGAAUAUAAGCCAGCUGAAAAACCCGUGCAAGUAAAACAUGAGGACAAUUUGAAGCCGGAAGGAGAAUUUUAUGCUCCAGAGAAACCUAGCUAUAAGCCAAGUGAAAGACCAAUACAAAAAAAGCCAGAGGACAAUUUAAAGCCAGAGGGUGAAUUUAUGGUACCCAAGAAGACACCAUAUGAACCAGCAGAACGGCCAACACGCAUAAUAAGAAAAGAUAAUCUUCGUACAGAAGGGGAAAUGACAUUCGAGACUAAAGAAGAGUAUCAGUAUAUACUAAGGCCGGAGCAAGUAAAACCUACCGACAACCUAAAGCCUGAGGGAGAGUUUUACGUACCAGAGAAACCGAAGUAUCAAAUUUCUGAACGCCCAGUUCAGAUUAAAAGGGACGAUAAUCUCAAGCCUGAGGGUGAGUUUUAUACUCCAGAAAAACCUGGAUAUAGACCAGCAGAACGUCCUACGCAAAAGAAACCUGAAGACAAUCUUCGACCCGAAGGCGAGUUCUACACACCUGAAAAACCUAAGUUCCGGCCAGGUGAGCGACCGACUCAAGUUAAACCGGAAGACAACCUGCGUCCAGAGGGUGAGUUUUACACUCCGGAGAAGCCAGGUUAUAGGCCAGCUGAGCGUCCUUCUCAGAAGAAACCAGAAGAUAACUUACGGCCGGAAGGUGAAUUUUACACUCCUGAAAAACCAGGAUUCAGACCAGCAGAACGACCAACUCAGAAAAAACAAAACGACAAUUUAAGGCCAGAAGGUGAAUUCUAUGCUCCAGAGAAGCCAGAGUUCCAACCAGGCGAGCGUCCAUCACAAGUGAGACAUGCAGACAACUUACGCCCGGAAGGCGAAUUCUAUACUCCCGAUAAACCUGGAUACAGACCGGCAGAACGUCCAACACAAAAGAAGCCUGAAGAUAACUUACGACCGGAAGGUGAAUUCUACACUCCCGAGAAGCAUGCAUUCCGACCAGGUGAGCGACCAACACAGGUAAAGCCAGAAGAUAACCUACGACCAGAGGGUGAAUUUUAUACUCCCGAAAAACCUGGAUAUAAGCCAGCAGAACGUCCAACUCAAAAAAGGCCAAAUGACAAUUUGAGGCCGGAAGGUGAAUUUUAUGCUCCAGAGAGGCCAGAGUUCCAACCAGGCGAGCGUCCGACCCAAGUGAGACAUGCGGACAACUUGCGGCCGGAAGGCGAAUUCUAUACCCCCGAAAAACCUGGAUACAGACCGGCAGAACGUCCAACACAAACGAAGCCUGAAGAUAACUUAAGACCGGAAGGUGAAUUUUAUACUCCUGAAAAACCUGGUUAUAGACCAGCAGAACGUCCAACACAAAAGAAGCCUGAAGAUAACUUAAGACCGGAAGGUGAGUUUUACACUCCUGAAAAACCUGGAUUCAGGCCGGCAGAACGACCAACUCAGAAAAAGCCGAAUGAUAAUUUAAGGCCGGAAGGUGAAUUUUAUGCUCCAGAGAGACCAGAGUUCCAACCAGGCGAGCGUCCGACACAAGUAAGACAUGCAGACAACUUGAGGCCGGAAGGCGAAUUCUAUACUCCUGAAAAACCUGGAUACAGACCGGCAGAACGUCCAACACAAAAGAAGCCUGAAGAUAACUUACGACCGGAAGNAUUCCAACCAGGAGAGCGUCCAACUCAAGUAAAACACGCAGACAAUUUGCGUCCUGAGGGAGAAUUUUACACUCCUGAAAAACCCGGUUAUAAGCCAGCAGAACGUCCUACGCAGAAACGUCCAGAAGACAAUUUGAAACCCGAAGGCGAGUUCUAUUCUCCAGAAAAACCUAGAUUCCAACCAGGAGAGCGUCCAACUCAAGUUAAACACGCAGACAAUUUGCGUCCUGAGGGAGAAUUUUACACUCCUGAAAAACACGGUUAUAAGCCAGCAGAACGUCCUACGCAAAAACGUCCCGAAGACAACUUGAAACCCGAAGGCGAAUUCUAUUCUCCAGAAAAGCCCAGAUUCCAACCAGGAGAGCGUCCAACUCAAGUAAAACACGCUGACAAUUUGCGUCCAGAGGGAGAAUUUUACACUCCUGAAAAACCCGGUUAUAAGCCAGCAGAACGUCCUAUGCAAAAACGUCCCGAAGACAACUUGAAACCCGAAGGCGAAUUCUAUUCUCCAGAAAAACCCAGAUUCCAACCAGGAGAGCGUCCAACUCAAGUAAAACACGCUGACAAUUUGCGUCCUGAGGGAGAAUUUUACACUCCUGAAAAACCCGGUUAUAAGCCAGCAGAACGUCCUACGCAGAAACGUCCCGAAGACAACUUGAAACCCGAGGGCGAGUUUUAUUCUCCAGAAAAACCCAAAUUCCAACCAGGAGAGCGUCCAUCUCAAGUAAAACACACAGACAAUUUGCGUCCUGAGGGUGAUUUUACUGUACCAGAGAAGAUUGUCUUUAGACCUGCUGAAAAGACUGAACGCAUUAUAAGAAAAGACAAUCUCCGAUCCGAAGGUGAAAUUAUAUUUAAUGAGAAGUCGCAAUACGUGUUUGUUAAGAAGCCGGAUCAGAUAAAACCAACAGAUAACCUUAAACCAGAAGGAGAAUUUUAUAAAAUUGAAAAACCAUCUUACAAGCCAGGCGAACGACCUUUAGUCAAAAUACCUAAAGAUAAUUUAAAAGUUGAAGGUGAGUUUACUGUACCUGAAAAAACCUCAUUUAAGCCUGCCGAAAAAACUCAACGAAUUUUAAGAAAAGACAAUUUGCGUAUGGAAGGUGAAAUGACAUUUUCGGAGAAUAAAAAGUAUCAGUUUGUAAAUAGACCCGAACAAGUUAAGCCAUCCGAUAAUUUGAAACCGGAGGGUGAUUUUUACACACCUGAUAAGCCGGGAUAUAAACCGGCUGAAAUUGUCAGACGCGUCAUUCAUAAAGAUAAUCUGCGAAUGGAGGGGGAGAUGACUUUUACAGAAAAAGAAAAACAUGUCAAUGUUAAAAGACCAGAGAAAAUUGUGCCGCGAAAUAACCUUAAAACUGAAGGAGAGUUCUACACUAAGGAAAAAACACAAUAUCAGCCAGUAGAACGGCCGAAACAAAAAAUUCCUGAAGAUAAUCUCAAGCCAGAAGGCAAAAUGUAUAUAUCGUCCACAGACAAAACGGAUUCCAAACAUAUGAAAACCACCACCGAAAAAGUAGUUGUAAAACGUCCAGUGGAUAACCUUAAACUUGAAGGUACUCUUCAGGUUUCAAGAAGAGACGAUUACAGUGAAAAACAAAGCUCAAUAGCUGACACAACUACUACUAAAACUAUGCAGAAAACUUCAAGAUCGAAGUAUACACACAACAAGUCUUCCAUAUCUCUUGGUGAGGAUAGCGCUAUUCUGAAGACAACUAAUCAAAUGAGUUUUGUAUCUGGAAAACAAGCUAUUCCAGUUGCUAACUUGAGUUCUGAAAAGCCUGUAGAUGGCUUAGUGGUAGUGUCUACGAAAAAAGUAACCACCGUCAUAGGAGGUCGCGCCAAAAAAGAACCUGAAACUGAAUAUGUUAAGCGACAAGAGAGGGUGAAUGUUAUUGAGAAUAUCGCGAAAUCCAAUAACGUGAAAAAUGUUAUCAACAUUGAAAAUAAGCAUGACGAAGCAAUUACUCUCAAGGAAAAUCGCAUCAUAACAGAAAAGAAAACAAAGGAUUCACGAAUGAAUAUUUCAGAUAGCGCGUCCUCCUCUGUUAUCCAAAGCAAAGCCAAUAAUAUCACUGGACAAGAUCAUUCCGUUCAGUGUCAACUUGGUGGAGUAGAUAUCACAUCAACAAAAAUGAAUACCGUCUCAUCGGCAAGAAAUAUUUCAGACCAAACACAUUCCAUACAAAGUAAAUCGACUGCAACUGAAAGUGCGUUAACAAAGACAUCAUCCAGUUCUUCUGCUGCAACCAUGUCCAAACACUUUCAUCAUCGAAGAAGCGACUUCACUGCCGACACAAACGUGACGAACUCAGUAUUUCAUCGCAAAACCAUCUCAAACGAUUCCAAUCAAAUAGGUAGUCUUACUUCAAACGGUAAAAUCCAUCGAAAGAGUAUUUUAAAUUUGCACGAGGAGCCAUCGAGCACUGUUUUCCCAAGCGAACGUCAAAGCUACAGUAGUUUACAUAGACAAAGUAGGGAGCAAGACAACAGUUCAUUUUUAGUGAGUGAACGGCGCAACUACAAUGCAGUUAAUCAAUCGCAAAGCAGAGAUCAGACCGCCAAAUCGUGCAGUGUACACAAAGUAUCCUCCGCCAGUGGUAUCGAUUUCCCCUCGUACAGCAAACAUUCCGAAAGAACUGUAUCCCGUAGAAAUGUGAACCAGUCAUCAAUUUCUUUAGGCAUGGAUGGAGUUACGUCUACCAGUCUAUAUCGUAGUGAAUAUAAAACCGUUCCCUCGACAACUUGUGCUAUACACAAAAUAAAAGAAGGUGCAUUCCAGCAUACAAGAAACACGAACGAACAUAAAUUUUUUAAAACCGUCAAAAAUUAACAGAUCCACAUAAUUUAAGUGCUGACAUAAAUAACAACAUAUCUCUAAUAUUAUAUUGUAUUGUACUUGUACAUACUCGUAUACUCGUAAAUGUGUAUGCAAGUAAUAAGCAUGCGAAUUUGCCACAUGUAAUUAAUAAAUUUUAUAGCAUAAAAAAUAUAUUUAAUAAAUAAUAUUCACAUAAUA